CAGUACCUCCCUAACAGGCAGUGUGUCAACAUGUCUUCUGCAAAACGUCCUACAAUGGACCCCGCGGAGGAACCCGAAGACAACGUUCCCGAUGAUGAACAAGAUCCUCAGGGAUCUGGAGCCACAUCGGGCGAGAAGGGUAAAGAAGAAGGAGGUCGCAAGAAGAGGAAAUCCCUCUCGCCUAAAGUGGUCCAAAUCACGGACAUGUACCCCUCCUGGGAGGCUUACACUGCAUCAGAAGGGUUUAAAAACUCCACGCCAGAACAGAGAAGGGAGGCCAAGGAACAGUUUGAGCUGCAGAAAAUGAGGCGUAACAUAUACGGAACGAGAGCCCCCAACGAAAUCAAGAAGAAGAAUCGUUAAUCUAAUCAUGGAUUUCGGAGAAGGCGAAAAGGAACACAGGAUUGCCUAGUCCACACCUGACCAGGAAAUUUCAAAAUUACAUGAUUUAUGAUAAUUAUUGUAAUUAGUUCAUAUGUUCUUACCUAUGUUUGAAUAAAAAUGAGUUCAGC